AUGGCUCCCCUUUACAAGGCCGCAGCAGCAUUCUGCCUCGCCGGGCUGAGUUGGCUCCAGUCCGAGGCUAACGCCGCAGGACAAUAUAAAUAUCAGGCAGUAAAAGUAGACGAAGAUGCCUACUUGACAGUCAAGUUGGCCCGUAAUGGACAAAUUUCAGCUAAGACCAGUUUAGUCGAAAAGGACGAUACUAUCGUCACCGCCUUGGAGACAAAAGUAAAAGCCGGCGAAAGUACACAAAACACGUGCGAAGAUUUAAUAACAGGGGACCUUAAGACGAUCUUUUCUCACAGUUUCGAUUACACAGCAACUCCAAACUAUCGCACACUGGUGCAAGAAGCUCUCACGACCGGACUAACAGAAUUCGGGUAA